CAGAUACGAGCGAACUCUGGAGCAGGAAAUCAUUUUCGAUAAACUUCCAGAUGCGCCAUUUUUCACCUUCCUGUUCCAUCUUCUGUUCUUGUACAGAAUCCCAAUUACAUCUAUUGAUUUACAGCAGUUAGCAAUGGCGUCUCUGAUCUCUCCUCACCCAGCGGGAAACUCAGUGAUACUCUCUCCUCAGUUGAAAUCUCGUACCAGCUUUCCUCACUCUUUUUCUUCUCUCCCGUUUUCGUCUUCGUUCUCUGCAACUCUGACCACCAACACUUUCAAGGGUCUCUACGCCUUUCCUAAUACCAGAAAUAAUAACAGCAACGACGCGAAUACUGUUUACCGGUCCCAUUCUAGCCAGACUCGCCGGGAUUCUCGGUCUACUUCACCUUACAAGAGGAAACAGCGGCGUUCCUCCUCGGAUGAAGUUAGCUUAAGAAAAAAUCAAAAUGAGAGCGACCGAUUUCGUCAAGACCCAACGUUAAUGAAUCUUGAUAUCGAUUUGGUAAGUUUGUGCAAGGAAGGAAGGUUGGAGGAAGUCAUAGAAUAUGUGGAACGAGGGGUUUCUGCUGAUCUUUGUGCCUUUGGUGCUUUAUUGCAUUCAUGCGGUGAGCUUAAAUCUCUGGAGUUGUGUAAACGAGUUCACGAAUUGUUGAAACGGUCUCCAUUAACCAGCGAUACUGUAUUGAACAAUAAAUUGAUUGAUGCAUACGUCAAGUGCGGGAGCAUGAAAGAUGCCCGCCGGACGUUCGAUCAAAUGCGCGAGAGAAAUACGGGUUCGUGGUGUUUGAUGGUUAAUGGGUAUGCGGAGAACGGAGAGGGAGAUGAAGGGUUGUUAUUGUUUGAGCAAAUGAAGAAACAAGGAUUGCGGCCUGAUGAGGAAACUUUUUCUGCAGUUUUGGCUGCGUGUGCUGAUGCUGGAGCUGUGGAAGAAGCUCUAUUACACUUCGACUUCAUGAAGAAUACCAGUGGGUUUGUACUGGGGAUUGAACAUUACUUGCGUGUCAUUGAAGUUCUUGGAAGAGCUGGUCAUUUGAGGGAGGCUCAGGAGUUUGUAGAAAGAGUUCCAUUUGAACCCACAGUGGAUUUGUGGGAUGCUCUGUGGAAGUUUGCUCGAAUUCAUGGUGAUAUUGAGCUUGAAGAUCAUGCUCAUGAGUUGUUAAUUAGCCUUGAUCCGUCCAAGGGAGCUGCUAAACAAGUUCCACUGCCACCGCGGAAGAAGAAUUCAGGUAUUAAUAUGGUUGAGGAGAAGAACAGAUUGAGUGAGUAUAGGUGCAUGAAGUCCUACAAGGAAGAAGGGUAUGGUAAAUUGAAAGGUUUAAAUGGACAGAUGAGGGAAGCUGGUUAUGUGCCAGACACCAGAUAUGUACUUCAUGACAUAGAUGAAGAAGCAAAAGAGCAAGCUUUGCAAUACCAUAGCGAGCGUCUGGCGAUAGCUUAUGGUCUAAUUAGCACUCCGGCAAGAACAACGCUUAGGAUCAUCAAGAACCUCAGAAUAUGCGGUGACUGUCAUAAUGCAAUAAAGAUCAUGUCAAAGAUUGUUGGAAGGGAGCUCAUUGUUAGGGACAACAAGCGGUUUCAUCAUUUCAGGGAUGGCAAAUGCUCUUGUGGGGAUUACUGGUAGACUAGAGAUACCCAAGAUCUAUGACAGGGAAGAUACUUGUACCAAUGCUUUACAUUGCACAUUAUGUUUUUUAUGCCAGUCCAAAUUCUUGAUAUUUAUUCAGUUGCAAUAAAAAUGAAUAGUUAUAUAUUUCUGCA